AAAAGCCCAAACUAAUGCAAACCUCCACUUCGAGAUCAACCCAAAACAAAUUACCCAAGAGGCGGCCAUAUAUAUAAGAUUUUCUCUGUAAAACCCUAGUCUAUCUCUUCGUUGCCACUUCUUCUUCCUUCUUCAAUCUAUCUAUCUUCUUCUGAGGUAAUUUCACCGCCGGGAAAAUGAGUAAAGGAAGUGGUGGCGCGGCCGCUAAGGGCGGGAAGAAGAAGGGUUCCACCUUCGUGAUUGACUGCGCGAAGCCGGUGGAGGAUAAGAUUAUGGACAUUCUCUCUCUGGAAAAGUACCUUCAGGAACGCAUCAAGGUCGGCGGCAAGACUGGCGCUCUCGGAGAUUCCGUCACCAUUACCCGUGACAAGACCAAGAUCACCGUCACCACUGAUUCAACCUUCUCCAAGCGUUACCUGAAGUACUUGACAAAGAAAUACUUGAAGAAGAACAACGUCCGAGAUUGGCUCCGUGUGAUUGCCUCCAACAAGGACCGAAAUGUGUAUGAAUUGAGGUACUUCAACAUUGCUGAGAACGAAGCUGAGGAAGAAGAUUAAUCAAGUAAUCUGAGAGGCACCUAGUGUUUUUAUUUGAACAAGUCUGUAGUUUUAAUACUGUGUUAUUGCAGUUGCAAGAUUCUUAUUAAUAGAUUAUGUCUGCUUAGAUUGGAAAUUUUGAAUUUGGCUGUUUUAUUACUCAUUUACUUGGUGACUUGAAAAUUUUGUCCAAGAGUUAAGCGGUAACAAGGGGUCUCUUGUGGAACAAUUGUUGAACUCUUAUUGUGUUUGUUGUUAGUGAAACUGCCUCUCAGGAUACUGAUGUCUCUGUGAAUGUGAGAACACAUAUUACCGUUCCACAGUAGGCAGUUAAAUCUGUGAAGCUGUUAGAUAACAAAAUCUUGGGUAGCGGAAAUAGUGAGGAUUGGAAGCGGUGGAACUACUGAGGGUUUCAAGGGAGUUGAAUGAGAUGAGAAUCUGAAAGAUAACUGACAUAGAAAGGCAACAAGGGUGUGAAGGAGGAGAAGAAGAGUUAAACAUGGUUAACCCUUACAACCCUCCGAUUUUGUUUGCUUUCUACCUUGUAGUAUUGUCUAGUUUCUUAAAACUGUACCUAUGCGCAUGGGCCGACCUUGAAUGGAACGAAAGCCUAAACUCUCUUCAGCCAAGCAGCUUCAAACUGUUUCAGAAUUCGGCAAAUGGAUAUAUAUUGCCUAGCCGUUUCAUUUACUAAGGUGAUUUGUGAAUAAAGAAAUUAACUACGGGCUGUGAAGUGGACGUGUUUGUUAAUCCCCA